CCUGCGAGGCCGCGCCCGCGGGCCGGGCCGGGGCUGGUGAGGGCUUUGUUGUAGCAACGGCCGCGAUGGCGGCGCGGCCGGCCCUGCCCGACUCGGUGCUGGUGCAGGUGCUGGCGCUGCUGCCGCUGCGGGACCGGCUGCGAGCGGCCAGGGUGUGCCGGCGGUGGCAGCAGCUGGCGCAGGACCGAGCGGUCUGGACACAUGUGGAUCUGAGCCCUCACCGGAUCAGCCGCCGCACGCUGUGGCACCUGGUGCGGCACCGCCUCCCCGACAGCCUGAGCACGCUGCGGAUGCGGGGCGCGCCUCGCUCCGGCGGCAAGCAGCGGCUCCUCUCGCCGGCACUGCUGGCUGCCCUUCGGGAGCGCUGCCCCCGGCUCCAUCGGCUGUGCCUGACCGAGACCGACCUCCGCCAUGUCCCGUACGAGAGCAUGCCCGCCUCUGUCACCACGCUGGAGCUGAGCCUCUGCGACAUCCCCGACGCCUGGUUCUGCGUGUCCCCUUCGGUGCCGCCGCCACAGGUACAACACCUCGCUAUCCACAGCAUUCCCACCUUUUCUGACCAUCAUCUUCUUAACAUUUCCUCACAGAACCACUUGAAGACGCUGAGCCUUUGCGGCACGUACGGCGUCACUGACAUGGGGAUCCAAGCGGCAGCUCCGCACCUGGAGGAGCUGGAACGCCUGACCCUGCGGCACUGCAUCAUUGGCGAUGCUGCCAUGGUGUUCAUCGGGCGGCACAUGAAGCAGCUCCGCUACCUGGAAAUCAGCAACGCCUACUUCCUGACAAACAGGGGGCUGGUGGCUAUCGUGACCCUGGAGCACCUGGAGACGCUGUGCCUUGACCUCUAUGAUUUGGUCUCCCUUGGUACUGUUAUCGCUUUGCUGCAAGUGCUGCCUCGCCUGAACCACCUCAAAUUAGGUGGAACUUGCUUUGAAGAUGAACUCCUCGGUAAAAUUCAGGAGAAUUUUCCACAUUGCACCAUAUCUCACACUCUGUGACCACCUGA